AUGGCCAGGCGCAAGCGGACGGCGGUGUCGCAUGCAGUCGUGAGCGGUCCUGGCUCCGGUGGUGGCUAUGACGGUGUGAGGGGUUGCUCCAGUGGUCUCUUGGCCUAUACAGCUAAUUCGAAUGCAAUUCAACAUAUCAAAACCACCAUUAAAACUCUCUUACUCUCGCUCUCUAGUGGCUCAAAGAGGAAGAAGCCGAGAGCAGAGAGAAUGGGGAGAAACCCCGAAAGAUGCUCUUUUCUUCUUCUUUUAUCUUUAUGUGUCUUGUCUUCCCUGGUUCCAAUACAUGGAAAGAAGCAAGGAGAUGUUCUCCAUUCCCUAUACGAAGCGAAGUGGGAGAAGUCUGAGAUAGACACGAGCCCUUUUCAGGUGAGCAAUUACCAUGGAAUUCUCAAUUCUAGGGUUUAUCGUCAAGAAGGACUGAAGGAGAAAGAUUUGAUCAGAAGGUUGCCUGGACAACCGCCGGUUGAAUUCAAUCACUAUGGUGGUUAUGUCACCAUUGAUGAAUCGGCUGGUCGAGCAUUUUAUUAUUAUUUUGCCGAAGCAGGGCGAAAUAAGGAUUCAGCGCCACUUCUUCUAUGGCUUAAUGGAGGUCCUGGAUGCUCAUCCUUCGGCUUUGGAGCAAUGCAGGAACUCGGACCGUUCCGAGUUCAUAGCGACGGGAAGACUCUCUAUCGAAAUAAAUUUGCAUGGAAUGUUGCUGCGAACGUCUUGUUUCUAGAGUCACCGGCUGGUGUCGGUUUUUCUUAUUCCAACACAACGGCGGACUAUAUGACGAACGGUGACAGCAAAACAGCCCAGGACAAUUAUGUGUUCUUGCUAAAUUGGCUGGAGAGGUUUCCCGAGUACAAGAACCGGGAUUUUUAUAUUUCAGGCGAGAGCUACGCGGGCCAUUACGCACCUCAGCUCGCACACAACAUCCUAUUCAACAACAAGAAGGCAAACAAGACCAUUAUCAACCUCAAAGGGAUUAUAAUUGGGAACGCAGCAAUCAACUAUGAGACGGAUGAAAGAGGGAUGUAUGAAUACUUCGCUACGCACGCAUUGAUAUCCCAAGAAACAUGGUAUGCAAUUCAAAAGUAUUGUGACUUUUUGCCAAAUGUCACUCAAGUAAGCCAAUGCAAAUCGGCGAAGUUGGAUGCGGAGAGUCAAGUUUUUCCUAAUAUUGACAUUUACGACAUCUACGCCCCUCUCUGCUUAUCUUUCAACCUGACUUCUCGUCCCAAGAAGACCAACAUCAUGGAAUUAGACCCGUGUGGAGACGACUACGUGCCUGCGUACCUGAACAGAGAAGAUGUGCAAGAGGCACUUCAUGCCAACGUUACGAAGCUCGAUCGUGACUGGGAAGGGUGCAGCGAAGUUAUCCAUCCAUGGGGAGAUAGCCCUCCCACCGUCCUGCCUCUCCUCCAAGAAUUCAUGUCCAAUGGGCUCCGUGUUUGGGUGUACAGUGGGGACACCGACGGAAGAGUGCCGGUGACUUCGACCCAGAGAUCUCUUAGCAAGAUGGGCCUCCCAACGAAGAGUCCAUGGCGUCCUUGGUUCCUGGGUGGCGAGGUCGGCGGGUACGUGCAAGUGUACGAGGGAGACUUGACUUUUGCGACGGUGCGAGGAGCGGGGCAUAUGGUACCGAGCUAUCAGCCCAAGAGAGCUCUCUCUCUUAUCUCUCACUUCCUUGCGGGUUCUCUACUUCCAUAUAAAUAG